UUGGUUGAAUUUCGUGGGGUGACAAGCGUAAAACUGUCUUCCGACUGCCGGCGCAUGUGACAGUGACAAUGACAGGUGCGGCCAAGAAAGUCACGAAGUGCCCCUUAGACCAAGUUGGAGAACUGCAGCUGUUCUAAUCGCACUCUGCAAAGUACGUAGGCUUUGGAAUGUUUGGUCCUCCGUUGUGACUGUGCUGUAAAAACUUCAUUAACUUACAACUGUGCAAGUUAGGCCUACAUAAGUUAGGCCUAAAACAAAAGUUCUAUGCAUCAAGUGAUGUCCAAACAAGCCAGGUUCACCGCUGUGAAGAAUAAGCAAUUAACGCAUGCACUUCCGUCUCUGUGAUUGGACAUUGUUGAAUCGUCACUUUGCUGCCGUCAUCAUGUGGCCAUUUACAAAAAGUGCAGAUGCUGGCAUAUUGCCAGGGCAUGGCAAGUACUCCGUUGGCUGCAUGGAUAUCAUGUGUGAUACCACCAUCCACGGGAGUUUCCUGCGCCUGUUUUAUCCAGCUGCUUCCCCGAAAGCCAGCAUUGCCAGCGAUUCAUCGGCCUAUGCAGCCUGGCUUCCAAGCAGGGAGUACGCAGAGGGUUUUGUGAGCUACGCGGGCUACAAGCACGCAGCCUCAGUAACAGCCUCCUUGCUGACGUUCCUCACAGAAAGUUUCAAGAUCCCGGCCAUUGAGAAUGCGCCGCUUGCUAAGUCCAACACACCCUUCCCCGUUGUGAUAUUCUCGCAUGGUCUCUCGGCGUGUCGGACGACCUACUCCUCCAUAUGUGUGGAGCUGGCAUCUCACGGAUUCAUCGUUGGAGCCGUCGAGCAUAGAGAUAAGUCGGCCUGUGCCACCUACGUCAUCAAAGAUGUCACAGAAGAUGAGAGCGACUGCAAAGCGCCCUCUGGAGGCCGGGUCCAGGAGUGGAUACCUAUCCUUCUGGUGGAAGGAGACGACUUUGAGAUCAGAAAUAAUCAGCUGAGCCAGCGUGCUGAGGAGUGCACACGGGCAUUGGAUCUGCUCUUGAAGAUGAACAGCGGGGAGCCAGUUGUCAAUGCACUCAAUGAUAAAUUUGACGGAAGCAUGUUUAAGGGCAAAUUGGACAGCGACAAAGUAGCAAUAUGCGGCCACUCAUUUGGAGCCGCCACGGCCUUGUUGACGUUAUCUCAAGACAAACGAUUCAAAUGUAGUGUGGCCUUGGAUGCAUGGCUGUUUCCCGUCGACAAGUCCACGUAUGCCGAUAUCCACCAACCAGUGCUCUUGAUCAACACAGAGAAGUUCCACUGGCCUGCCAACGUGGCCCGCAUGAUCCGAUUGGUGCCUGAGUUCGACGAGCCAACCAAUGAUAGAAGAAUGAUAACGAUACGUGGAACGAUACAUCAGAGUCAGACGGAUUUUGCGGUUCUCUUCCGGCAAUCGGCGGCCAGACUGCUGCAUUUUGCCGGCAGUCUGGAUCCUACACUCGCCAUGGAGCUUAACCUGCAUGCAACACUGGCUUUCCUGUCCUCACAACUAGGCCUGCCAUGCAACGCUGAUUAUGACAAAAUCCUCACAGGAGAAAACAAGCACGUCCUAAUAGGCACCAACGUCAAACUCGACCCGGAGAAAGUAUUGGCAAUGAAGGCAAGUUUGUAAGGUCUCAUCAAUCCAGGUUCAUUCGAAUGAGGACGGGCAUCGUUAGCAGUGGAAUAUCCACAGGGGGAGGGGCACGUUGCUUCCCCCCCCCAAGGCAUGUUGCCCAUUUUUUUUAAUUACAAGGGCCAGCGUUUCAGAAAUGGUACUACCACCUCUGUGGGGAGGGCAGGUUCUUCCACCCAUAAAAGUAACUAGACAGUCAUUUUCGAAAAAAAAAUUCCAUUCCCCAACCCCAGAGCCAGGACCUUGAAUUGCCACUAAUUGAUUACUGCACAUGCCCAAGGCGUGCGUCAUUACUCCUAGCGGUGUCAGAUCUGACAGGUGACUUGAUGAUCUGAGUUUAAUACGGGUCCAAUUAACUAAUGAGCCUGGAGUGUUUAGAAGCUUUCCUCAUUAAACUUUGAUACCUGCAGUUCACUCUGUAGGGUUUCAAAAGGUUUUUAAAAAUUAAUGGACAUAUUGUCUCCUUUCUACAUUGGCAUUACCUCAGGGAGGUAAGAAUAUUAAAGAAAGGUGUAUCGUGAAUUUCUGAAAUUUAAAAUCAAUCCAUUUCCUGACCCUAUAAUCAACUGUGCAAAUUUCGUUUUGUAAUGAAUGGUUUAGACAAAAAAUCUGGAUUUUGCUCUGUCACGACUGAUAUGUUCCUUUUAUACCACCGUAAAAUGUUUGCCGAAUUAUUGUCUGGCCACAGUAUGCCAGGAAUGUUGUAAGCGCACAGACUUGAUGUAAUGCCGCAAGAAAGAAAAAAAAUUGGGAUGGUGAUGACGAUUUUAAUUAAAGUAAAAAACAUUUAAAAAAAUCAACCCACUCAGUGAGGAAGGGAUUGGAGCUUACCUAUGAAGAUAGAAGGCCAACCUGGCUCCCUAAUUCGACAGUAAUGUGCUAUAAUUCUAUUACCGUUGUCUUUUAUACAUAUGGAAUUAUUAUUUUAUUUGAUGGAAUUCAUUCCAAUUAUAUUUUAAAUGAAUUAAAUAUCAAAAAUAUUUUAUGAAGGUAAUAAAUAAGACUCAGAUUUCCUCAUAUGCUAUGUUGAUGUGCAGUAUGGAGCAUAUUCUGUCUACAGUCGGACAAUAUUUGUGUCGGAUCCCGCGUGGAAAUUAUGAUGGCUCCAUAUUGUCUUGUUCCAAAUGGAAGCACCAAAUGCGGGCAGC